AUGUUUUAUUAUCGCAAGUUGGGGGCUCCACUGGCAGGUCUUUCUAAGUAGUACACCGCCAGUGGUGUUCACAUACCCACCAUGCCUCUUCAAAGACGUCCUCCAUCUCCCCCAUCCCACGCCCAAUCAUCGUUAUCGCCCUCCUCGUCACGUCCGUCUCUGUCGACCAGCAGCAGCGGAUCGUCGUCAGGCAACUCGUCGGUAGACACUGCCUUUCGACAUCUUACUCUCAACGAGAGACGUCCACUGCCUUACGGAUUCAAGGAAGACGGAGACAUACCCGAUUUGCAAGAGCUUUACGCGCAGGACCGUGUGGUUUAUACGGAGGAAGGCAUGUUGCAGCGGAAAGACAGUUGGGAUGCAAGGACCCGCGAAACCAGUGCUCUCUCCUCCUCAACCCCGCCCGCUGGCAGCGAAAUCCGUCCAUCUCUUCCUCACCGCAAUUCCUCUUUCUCAAAGCGGCACGCUUCUUUAGACUCUCCCAGACAAGUCCCUCUCCCAUUCAUGCCCUCUCGCGUACCGGAGCGCUCCUCCUCCUCCCACCCGUCCCACGCCCUCCCUCCAGUCUCCUCGUCGUCCUCCCAAGAUGGCGAGCAACCACGCCGCCCCGUCUUGGUGCUCAGAUCCGAUACCUGCCACCCAUUCGACCCUACCCAUCACAUCGAUAACAAUGCAUCUUCGGAAGGCUAUUCUAAUAGCAUGACUGCUGGUUCAGCCUCAUCCUCUGCCUUCCCAUCCUCCUCGGACCUAAAGCCUUCGUCUACACCUGCUCCGUACUACAUGGACACCUCCGAAGACUCUUCCGCUGCCCCGACGCAAUUUUCCGCUCCUUCUCCCCAACGCAGCCAACGAGCGACGACUGGCCCAAUCCAUCCUUUCUCCCGCCCAUUCUCUUCUCCGGACGCUUCAGGCUCGGGGAUAUUCUCACCGAGACCUAUACGAGCAGCGGAGAUACCUGAUCGCACGUCCACUGCGAGUUUGCCUCUACCGAUGCAUACGCCGUAUCACACGUUGCCUUUGCUCUCCGGACCUACGAUUACCGAGGACCGGGAACUCGACAGUCAGGCGAUGGAUAUCUCAUCCUCUGCGUCUGCUGCAUUCGACUCCAACUCGCAUGCAGGGCCCAGUAGAGGUUGGGGAAUCAACAUAAAUACUAAUACUAAUCGAAGUCCCAGUCCCCAUCACUCACCCCGUCAAUCUGCGCGUUCUCCACCAAAUUGGUCAGCUGAUUGGACUCAAUUCACGGAUAGUGUCCUUCGCUCUUCCUCUCCACCCCAUGCCCAUGCCCAAUCCCAUCCACAUUCCCAUCAUCCAUACGCAGGAUUUUCCCGUUCGAUGUCACCGUCUUCAAGUCAUACCUCCCAUACUGACAUUUCGUACCCGCCUCCUGCACCUCCGACAAUCCUGACGCCUCCGCCACCACCGGAGCGCGAUCCGUCGGCACCUCAUGUGCCAUUCCUGAGUCAUGGUACGCUGUCGAGAGAGAUCUACAUUGCUGUGGAGACGUUGGCUAGGGAGUAUCGGUUACAUGUGUGGUUGCCAGGUUACAGACGGGAUGCGAUAACCCUUUCAACGCGCAAGCGGCGAAUCCUCCAUUUGGUGGCUGAUUCUUGGGAACCGGAAGGAGGACAUUUCGAACGGCGCAUUGCAUUUGGGUACGACGCGGACCUGUCUCAAGUCCGCGCAGAGUUCGACGGCGAAUCGCUCAGGGUGAUCGUACCCAGACGGGUGACGCCCAUGACGUAUUGGAGCAGUGCACGCGAUUGACAUGGUUCAAUGCCUGUCAAUUCAAUUCCAUUUUUCCCCACUUUUUUAAAUAUCCUCGUGACGGACGACCCCGCGUUCCUAGGGUGCAUCUCGUGGAGUCGACCCGGACGCUCAUGUCGCUUGGAUCGAAGCACAAUGUCUCACGCUCGGAAUGGCGCACAGGUGGCCGACGUCGGCGCUGGUUAACGCUUGGAUGGUAAGUUUGUUGUACGAUGCAGAGUAGGAAGGUGAGGAGGGAGGAGAUGAAAGAAGAAGAAUGUGUUUGCUUGGAUACGGAAGUCCCUAUCCGAGGGUCACAACCCAUACACAUACUUACAGCAAAACGGAGUACCCCGCAGGAAGAACAUGUCGCAAUUCUUAACGGCAACGCCUCACAUGAAUCGGAGUAUUUGCCUUGCGCAGCUUCCUCCUGGCGCGACCUCCUUUAUUUUAUAACAUUUCCAACGUUUCAUGACCCUCCUUUUAUGACUUCGUGUCUAACCAAUCAAUCAUCCACCCAGCCACCAAGAAUUGUAUUCCCAGCCGUAUAUAUUCGGUCCCUAAUGCCCAUCUCGUUCUCACCCAUUAUCCCACAGUAGCUAUACAAUUUUUGUCCUCACCCCCUCUCGUAACAUAUAUUCCACUGCCCUGUUGUUUUACAUCACCACCAUCACCUAUCGCUGCUUGCUUGCUCGCAAACCAACUCUCGUCCAUCGCAUAUCGCCAUAGCACCCAUUACAGCUCUUACAGUCCUCCCUUUUUUUUCGUCCUGUCCUUGACCUCUUUCAUUCUCGGUCAACCGCGUAGUUUUUCGUCUUUUAUUUUCAUCUACGCCAGUUGUUCUUUUAUAUAUCCACUCCGUGCAGAUCCUUUUUCUUGCUCGUAUUAAUGUGUAUAGCUCUUUUUUCACCCAUCGUCUUUUAUACAGACAAGAACUUUCAAACC